UCCCAUGAAAAACACUCCCACACAACGUAGCCUUUCAGCGGAUCUGGGCUCUGGCCCGACGGCAAUUUUUUUUUUUUUGUUUUUUUUUAGGCAGAAAAACACGUAGCCAUCCCGGUACGUUUGUCAACGGACUCUCGGAGGAAAGCAAAAUGGCCCUUGAAUAGAUUUGGUGGCAGUUUGGCCAACUUUGGAUGGAGUGUAAUUCUUUAUCAGCAGCAGUCCAAACACCGCACUGAGGCACUGAGGGGGAUCGGAAUUUACCGGUGACAAGUCUGAGAGGGGGGAAAAGGAAAAGAGGAUCCACUCGUUACAUGGAGCAACUUUUUUUUUAAAGCCUGCUUUAUUUUAAUCACAAUCAAGAUUUGAAGACCGAAGUCGAUGAAAAGUACUUCCAGAAAGAGACAACCCCAAACUAAACCCCUUUUAUCUUUGAAGAACAGCUCCAACCAUGGCGAAAAAGUAUGAUUUUCUUUUCAAAUUGUUACUCAUCGGGGACAGCGGAGUGGGCAAAACAUGUCUGAUCAUUCGUUUAGCUGAGGACAAUUUCAACUCCACAUACAUUUCCACCAUCGGCAUCGACUUUAAAGUAAAAACCAUUGAAGUGGAUGGAAAGAAAGUGAAACUACAAGUCUGGGACACAGCAGGGCAGGAGAGGUUCAAGACCAUUACGACAGCCUACUACAGAGGAGCCAUGGGCAUCAUCCUGGUGUACGACAUUACAGAUGAGAAGUCCUUCGAAAACAUUCAGAACUGGAUGAAGAGCAUCAAAGAACUUUUUAUCCGGCAAGAAGACUUAAUGAAUGCAUCAGCUGGGGUCAGUCGAAUGUUACUAGGUAAUAAGUGCGACAUUGAAGCAAAGCGGAAAGUUUCCAAGGAGACAGGAGAAAAGUUGGCAAAAGAUCAUGGCAUCAGAUUCUUUGAGACCAGUGCAAAGUCCAGCAUUAACGUGGAGGAGUCUUUUCUGUCUUUGGCACGAGACAUACUACAGAAAUCCAGCAAGAAAACAGGCCCCACAGGUCGAGAGGUGAAAAUCACGAGCAGUACAGAGAAAAAAUCCUCCAAAUGUGUUCUUCUCUAGAUAGGACGCUGGCCAGCAGACAAAAGAGAACGCCAUACAAAUUUAAAAACACAUCAGUAUUACCGGGGCGAAAACCAGUACAGCAGGUUUUCUGUCUCCAUCUGGUGGGCUCAGUUAUCAAAUACAUACAGGUGCUAAAAGUGUGUUUUAUAUCUAAACUACCGGUAUUCCCAUCACAAGUGUGUUUUGCUCCCCAAAAACUAGAAAAAUAAUUUAUGGAUUCCUCCUUUGAGCUGAAAUUUAAUUGAAGGUAUGUGCUUGUAUUUCACAUUGAACAUAUGUUCUCCCACAUCUCCUGUGAUGGUGUUAUUGUCAUAAAAAAUGUUGUCUGACACCAAGCAGUUCCCACCAUGUUUUGUUAAGAUAUACCUACCAUCCCUACAACAGCACUGCUUAAUGUCUUAAAAGAACUUCAGCUGUGGUUUUUUUUAAAUCUUUUUUUUUGGACUGGGUAGCUAUGUAAACAAAUCACACUUCAACUUAAUGGAACCAUUUCAUUCAUUUCUUAUGUGUGAGCACAUACAGUAGUAGCUUUUAGGAGCUCAGUGGCAGAGGAGGGUUUUGAUUGGAAAGUGUUUUGAUUCACACAGCAGGCUCCUGGUUGUAGUUUUUGACCUAAAUGUUUGUCAUUCCAUUAAAUUCAAAGGGAAACUGGCAUCUCAUAGAUUCUGUUAGAUGGUUUAAAUACUGGACAGAAUUGCUAAAUUAAAUAAUUAACAAGUCAUAAAACUUCUUGGUUACCAAUGUACUUCCACUUUCAAGUUUCAAGUACACUGUUUGAAAUGCAUCUAUUUGUAUAAUAUUGCAUCAACAGCACAGACAAGUUGACAUUACAAUCUUGCAGUGUCACAUGAGAGACAGGACAGAUUUUGUUUCCCCACAUUUUAGUGGCACAUAAAUAUAUUGCAGGGAUGUCAUAGACUGAACAUUAAGCUUUAAAUGUUGGCAACAUUUAUAGUUAAAUUUCAAGUUUCAAUAGUGUACAUUACGCAUUCAGCAGAACAUAGAGUAAUGGAUGCCAUUGAAUAUCAAAGACCCUGAGUCUAUAGUAUGGGCAUCUUCUGGUUAUAUCCUAUGUGAAGUUGAAAACAUGCACCUUCACGUUAGUGAAUUAAACAAGUUGAUGUCAGUUGUAUGGAGCUGAAUCUGAAACAAACACUGGUGCUGAACAAGCGUUGUUUUAACAGAUGAAAGGAUUGAGAAUGUAGAAGAUAGGAACAGAGAUAAGUGCAAUAUGAGAAGAUGAGAUGAAAGAAUGAUGGAUAAUGCAAGUGAAUGGAUAGGAUGUGAGGGAAACAGUAGUGCUCACGUGCCCAUCAUUUUGAAUUGAUGUAGUGGGUCUUGCCUUUUAUCUUAAGUGCCUGGUAAAUGUCUUACUAAACACUACCACAAAUUAGUUACAUCUGACAUGACAGUCUCGCUGUUCAGGCAAUUUCAGAUCAUUCAAAAUGACUCUGAUUGUAGGUCCUCAUCUGAUCCUGACAGACAUACUGUAUUGCCUGUAUCUGCUUUUUAUGCAUUCCUUUCACAUUCUGUGUCUUUUUAGACCUGCCACAAGAUGCUCUAUGUAGUUUACAGACCUGCCGCUUGCUGAAUAAAAAAUGAUGAGUGUGUUGUA